UCGAUGUUUGCGUACCCAUAGUGUUCCAACCCUCUCUUCAACUUAAACGACGACCCAGCUUACUGUCGCUAGGUUGACCCUUGGGUUGUGCACCUUCUUGUGCUUGCGAGGAGAGCGAGCGAAUCCUUUCUCAGGCUGUAGACAUAUUCCCCGACCUUUGUUUGGGGUCCAUGCAGACAAAACAAGCAGCCAAGAGAUCUCAACUUACUGUACUCAAUUGCACCAUAUUCCCCGUAGGUGCCAAUAUUUUUGCCUACAAACAGACUUGCCCAGUCCUUGCGGCGACUCAUCCAAGCUUCAUCCACUUUCGCCGCCGUUAUUUUGGGCAACAGGUUCCGGACAAUCGGAGAAAAGGACUUCUUUGUUCUCCUCUCCUGCUUUUGUUCUUUUUAAGUUUUCUCUCUUUCUAUCUCUCUCUCUCUCUUCUUUCAGAACUCAGGCAAAAACAAACGAUUUUGCGUACACGUGCGACAAGGAAGUUAAUUACGUGGUGACACCACACCGUCUUGCUUUGGUGGCUUUACCGCACACAAGCUCCCCCAAAAUCAAAGAGAUCGACAAACCCAGGUCGCGCGUGCACACCUCCCUAAAAGAGGUGGGAUCGGACGACGCACUUCACGCCACGGCACGCCACAUAAGGACCUUGCACGCGCCGGAACUCAGACUAAGAAAGCACCGAUGCCAAGCAGCUUCUAAAGGGUCUUCUUCAUUCUCCCCUAUUUUUAAUUACUCUUGAAAUACGACGAUCUAAGCUUUUGCAACGGCUAUGAAAGCCCGAGCUUAGGUCGCCUGAUUCUUGCUCCUCCGUCCUCCGAGGGCCGAACAAGGUGAAAGAAAACCAAGAGAGAGCGAAAAAAAAGGAGGUAGGGUAGAGAACGAACCCAAAGAAGAAAGCUAUUACUGCCACCAUUUGCGGUCAAACCUCGUUCACUGAGAUCCAACACCUCACCAAAGUGGAGAUUUAAUCCAAGCAACGGAACACAAAAAAAAAGAAGAAACACGCAUGAUUGACUGCCUCCAAUACAAUAAUCGUCACCUCACCAGACGGUCCGAUUCGACUCACUAGGGUUGUCUUGCUGGGUUGGCUGCCAGCCAUACCAGCCAUUCACUGUCUUUGUUUCUCCACUCUGCAGGGCCAAUUACUCUGAGCAAUAUUAAUCACACCGCGGCGCCUUUGACCUUUGUGUCCGAGACGUUUGCCCAUCAUGAACCGCAUAACAUACCGCUUUCGCAACAUGGGCCUUUUCAAACGCAGCAAGGAUAAGCGCAAGAGCGACAGCCAUCACACUCACGGCGGCGGCAAUGGCAAGCAUGGAGGUGGUGGCGGUUUCCUCGGCGUUCCGGGGUCCAUGCCCGGCUACGGAGCCGGCCAGAUCCAGAGCACCGCCAGCGUGACAUCCAGCAGGUUGUUGGCGCGCCUUCCUGAUGCCAUCCUGGAGCGCAUCUUUCUGUUUGUGUGCCCGCACACCGGCGACGAAACGUACGAGACGUGCGAGCAGAGCAGCGAGGAUGACGCGUGCAUGCUGUGCAACCAGCGCGACCUAGCGCACUGCGCUGCCGUCUCAAAGCAGUGGAGGAGAGCGGCUAUUAGGCAACUGUAUCAUAGCAUUCGCAUCGAUUCGGUGCACUACUGCGAGCGCGAGAUCUACCUUUCUGACCUGCGCAAACGCCGCUCAUUCUUUGAUCGCAAUGGUCUGCCCGAGGACACAGCUCAGACGCGCCUCAAGCUGCUAUGCCGCACCCUUCGCGAGGACCCGACCAGGCUCGGCAAGCUUGUUGAGUAUUUCAAGACGCCGUACAUGCUACGCGAGUCUUGCCAAGCCGAUCUCGCCCGUACCAUUGCCGUGCUGCCCAACCUGCGCUACGUCGAUCUCCCCGAGGGCUUGUUUGCAGACGAUUCGACAUACUUGACGCUUCGCAUGGAGGUCCAGGCGAGGUGUCACCAGCUGCGCAAGAUGACUUAUAUGGCUGGAUCGGAGCGCAGCUUGCAGUCCCUUGCCAGUGGUAACAUCUGGCCUAAUCUCGAGGUGCUGGAGCUGGUCCGCAUCAAUGUCGAUCCUGCGAUGCUGAGACAUGUUCUUGGAGCGCUGCACAAGCUCGAGGCGCUCAAGGUUUCCGAAACGAUGACCUUCGGGGAUGAGAUACUUCUUCACAACGAUAUGGUCCCGCCUUUCCCUGCGCUGCAAGAGUUUAUUCUUAAGGAUGUUCCCAACGUGAGCGCAGAAGGUUUGAAGCAGUGGAUGUCCACGCGUCGCGACGCUCGUAGCCGACUCAAGACUCUUAGCCUUUCAGGCACCGGAGUUAAGCCAUGGCAGCUCCACGGCGUCCUGGCAGCUGCCUCUGGUCUUGAGAAUCUCACAAUUGUAGAAAAGGUUUCCGCCUCACUCCCCACUGCCGCAGGAACACAUGAUAUCCCACCUCUAAGCUCCAGCUCGCUGCUCACUCUCAACUACGAGAUCACCGCCGUCGGAUCGGGCCCGGGUCCCUUUGGCGGUUCAAAUACUGCCGCAAACGGAUUGAGUGGCGUGACAUCAUCAUAUUAUAAUUACCUUUCCGGGUCCCUUCUCUCAGGAGCCUUGCCGAGUUUGCGAGCUGUUUACGUCCGAGAUGCCCACUUUCCAGACUCGCUUCUCGGCCUUCCACCACCACACCCGACAUUUGCCGACGGCUUCUCGAUGCGCAGACCAAGCACCGCGGAGGGUCGGUCUAACAAUGCCCCGUUCGGAUCUAACACGCAAUCGCCGCGCAGCUUCCUGACACCCAAAAUGGGAGGCGCCGCCCCAUUCCAGGACCCGAGCGCACACACGAUGCCGCUGCCGCAGAAGCCCUUCGCGGGCGCCGGCCACAACCCGCGGUUCAGCAGCAACAACCCCUUUGCGGCCAUGAUGCCGGCACAGCAGCUGGCGACCCUCGAGGUCUUCACCAAGGGCGACGACGAGAUCGAUUGGUCUUUCGUCAAGGUGUCGGGAGGCUACGCAGAUAACGGCGAGCCGUCGCGGCCGCACAGCUCAUACGGUCUGUCGAGCGGCUCCGCGGGUGGCUGGGGUGCCACAGCCGGUGCAAGGAGGAGCGUCUUUAUGGGAGACGGCGGCGGUGGCUUCCUCGCCGUGCCACCCUCCCCCGCCGGCAACAGACCCGGCAUGCAUGGUCGCUCCGGAAGCACCAAUAGUAUAGGAUACAAGAGUUCCGGCUGCAGCGGGAAUGAGUGGCCAGUGGUCUCUUCCACCUUGGACAAAAGGAAGGAUCGUAAAGACCUCUGGCGUUGAUUUGUUAUGUUUUCUUUCCCUGGGUUAUUGGGGUUUUUACUGGGGAAGGGAUUUGUUUGGCGUUUAAUGUGGUUCUGGUGUUACGGGUUUAAAUCGGACAAGGCGUUCUGGUUUGUUUCCAGCCCCAGGACGGCCGUGGUCAGUGGGCAGCCAACUUGAAAGCUGCCUGGCUAAUAGGUUGGCCUUUUUUUUCUUCUCAUCUUUAUUUCCUAAUCUUUGACGCGGCAUGCAAUUCAUGGGAUGAAGGGGAAGGUGUUUUGCGCGCUGUUCCAGGAGAAAUUCAACUUGGGGGGAAUUCAGGCAAGUUAAGGCGGGAGUAUCUGGCAUUUUCUCAUGGUGUUGCGUUGCAUUUUUCUAGCUUGGCCCUGUUCGUACAUAGCCGAUACCCAGUUUGAUGUUUACUAUUUUCUAAAUUUCAACAACUAUUUUCGAAACCAACUUGCUUGUGC